GCCUGUGCGCUGUCUGAGGAGUCCCGUCCUGGGGUGAUGGCAGUUCGGCUCCCGGCAGCCGUCCCAGCCUGUGGAUGCCAGUGUCCCGAGCGAAGGGCCCACGGGCUGCUGAGCAGGAGAAGAGGAGCGGGGUAGAGCGCUGUAAAGUUGGUGCCAAGAAGAGGAGCAAUGAAUUCCUCAUUUCACCUGUAUUUCUUAGCGCUCAACCUGAAUGCCACAGAGGGCAACCAUUCAGGACCGAAUGUCAAGAACAAGUCCUCGCCGUGUGAAGAUAUGGGCAUCGCCGUGGAGGUGUUUCUGACUUUGGGUCUCAUCAGCCUCUUGGAGAACAUCUUGGUCAUAGGCGCCAUAAUAAAGAACAAGAACUUGCACUCUCCCAUGUAUUUCUUUGUGUGCAGUUUAGCUGUAGCUGACAUGAUGGUGAGCAUGUCCAACACCUGGGAGACCAUCGCCAUAUACUUAAUAAGUAAUAAGCACCUGGUGAUAGCAGAUGCCUUUGUGCGUAAUAUUGACAAUGUGUUUGACUCCAUGAUCUGCAUCUCUGUGGUGGCUUCCAUGUGCAGCUUGCUGGCCAUCGCGGUGGACAGAUAUGUCACUAUCUUCUAUGCCCUGCGCUACCACCACAUCAUGACAGUGAAGCGUUGCGGGGUGAUCAUUGCGUGCAUCUGGAUCUUUUGCAUCGGCUGUGGCAUUGUUUUCAUCAUUUACCACGAGUCCACUUACGUCGUCAUUUGCCUCAUCUCCAUGUUCUUCACCAUGCUGUUCCUCAUGGUGUCUCUGUACAUACACAUGUUUCUCCUGGCACGCACGCAUGUCAAGCAGAUAGCAGCUCUGCCUGGAUACAGUUCCGUGCGGCAGAGGACCAGCAUGAAAGGCGCCAUCACCCUGACCAUGUUGCUAGGCGUUUUCAUUGUGUGCUGGGCUCCGUUCUUCCUCCAUCUCAUUCUGAGGAUCUCUUGCCCUCAGAAUAUCUACUGUUCUUGCUUUAUGUCUCACUUCAACAUGUACCUCAUACUCAUCAUGUGCAAUUCUGUGAUCGAUCCUCUGAUAUACGCCUUUCGCAGCCAAGAGAUGCGGAAGACCUUUAAGGAGAUUAUUUGUUGCCAUGGCUUCAGGAUACCCUGUAGGUUCCCUAGCAGCUAUUAAAAAUGCCCUCUGCAGCUUUCUUUUCUCCUUCCUUCACUUUAUAAUGAAGUCAGUUAGGGGUAAUCAAGAUAACGCAAAAUCAAAACUGUGCAUUCCAUUUAUCUUUUCUCUCGCUCUUGAAUUAGUACUUAAGAUGCACCCCCCCCGCUUUUUUUCCUGUGGUGGUGGUUGGGCAGAUGUGCACAUGCAACUUAUCCAUUUUGGAAAUGGUCUGUGACCAUUUAUUAUUGGCUCAUUUUCCUGCUACUUUUUCUCCUACUCCCACCCAUUGCUGGGGGCCCCAUCCAUCUUCCAUCUAGUGUGUGCUCAGGGUCUACACAGGAUGGAGAGCUGACCAUAAUGGAAGAAAACUUGUGAAUAUUUACAUCAUGUGAUUGCUUUCUCUCCCCAGAAACUGUUUUGUAACUUCCUUGAUAUCCCUGGGACUUAUCCACGCUUUCCAGGGUAAAAUAGAGUGAAGUUCUUUCCAUUUGAAAGUUCCUGUUUAUUUGUUACGGGAUUUCUCUAUAGCUCUUCUUUCUUGAACUUUUGGUUUAAUGGCUUGUGUUCAUAAUUGUCCAAGGAUGGAAUUUCCUUAAUUCUACUUCUGUCAAUCAUGAUUUUGCUUU